AUGACGCAUGCGGAGCCCUCUGCAGACGAUGUGCAAACUUUUCUGGAUGAGCUCGAUGAUUGUCAAAGGAGUGAGGCAGUCGGUCGGAUGUUGAAACUCGAGGAUCAGGAACGUUGGGCCCGGUUGCUUGCCAGCUUUGCUGCCAGACGGGGCGCUGCUCGACGAGUGACUUUUCGAUCGCUCACCGGGGAGGCUGUGGAAUUGACUUUGCAGCCGAAGCAGACUCUCUUCUCCGCAAAGCAGACUCUGUUGAAGCAAGUUGAAGCGCAACUGCCAGCAGCGGAGCCUGGCCACCGCCGUGAUGCGCAAUUCUUUGCUGGAGGCGACCUCCUUGUAGAUCACACCCUUGCUGCGAUGCUGCCGGACGAGGUCUCUGUGGUGUUCAAGCAGGUGAUGCGAAUUUCACCCGCAUCCGACAGUGACUUAGAAUCAGAUGCGGGGUCUUCUUUAGCUUCCGCCCUUGACGACUUCGAUUGA